GAAAAUAUCAAAGUAGUGUGCGAAUACCCAGACGUAUUUCCGGAAGAAUUACCAGGUAUGCCACCUGACCGUGAUAUAGAGUUUUCUAUUGAAUUAGUACCCGGAACCAAUAAAUACCCACUACCUCGAAUUGAAGAUUUAUUCGAUCAAAUGAAGGGAGCUAAGAUAUUCUCGAAGAUAGAUCUGAGAUCGGGAUAUCAUCAGUUAAAGAUCCGAGCAGAAGAUGUACCGAAGACAGCCUUCACGACGAGAUAUGGAUUAUAUGAGUUUUUGGUCAUGUCGUUUGGACUGACUAAUGCACCAGCAUACUUUAUGAACUUGAUGAAUAAAGUAUUCAUGGAAUAUUUGGAUCAGUUUGUGGUCGUAUUCAUUGACGACAUACUGAUAUAUUCUCCGAAUGAAGAAACACACGAAGAUCAUCUAAGGCUACCUCUUACCUCUCUACUGGAGAAAGGCAAAGAGUUCAAAUGGGAUGAAGCUUGUCAGAAUUGUUUUGAGGAACUCAAGAAGAGGUUAACCACUGCACCAAUACUGGUAAUGCCAGACAUCCACAAGGGAUUUGAUGUGUAUUGCGAUGCAUCACACCUUGGACUUGGAUGUGUGCUAAUGCAAGAAGGAAAGGUGAUUGCUUAUGCUUCAAGACAGUUGAGGAAACAUGAGAAGAAUUAUCCUACACAUGAUUUGGAACUAGCAGCCGUAUGCAAAAUCUUCACGGAUCAUAAAAGCUUGAAAUAUAUAUUCACUCAGAAGGAACUCAACCUCAGACAGAGAAGAUGGCUAGAGUUGAUUAAAGAUUAUGAUUUGGAGAUACAAUAUCACCCCGGAAAGGCAAAUGUAGUAGCUGAUGCUUUGAGCGAAUGGAAAUGGGAAGAAAUCAGUAUGGAUUUCAUAGUUGGACUACCCCGUACUCGAGAUGGCUAUGAUUCAAUAUGGGUCAUAGUAGACAGGUUAACCAAAGUGGCACAUUUUAUACCUGUGAAGACAACUUACUCAGGAGCCCAGUUAGCAGAGUUAUACAUGUCGAGGAUUGUUUGUCUGCAUGGAGUACCAAAGAAGAUCGUAUCAGAUCGAGGAACCCAAUUUACCUCGCGCUUUUGGAAAAGACUUCAUGAGUCCAUGGAUACCAAGCUAAAUUUUAGUUCAGCGUAUCACCCGCAAACGGAUGGGCAAACAGAAAGGACAAACCAAGUGUUGGAAGAUAUGCUAAGAGCUUGUGCUCUAAAGCAUGGUAGAAGCUGGGAUAAAAGUUUGCCUUAUGCAGAAUUUUCGUAUAACAACAGUUAUCAAGCAAGUCUCAAAAUGGCACCGUUUGAAGCACUAUAUGGACGAAAGUGUAGAACACCACUUUAUUGGAAUCAGACUGGAGAAAGUCAAGUAUUUGGUCCAGAAAUUCUCCAAGAGGCGGAAAAGCAAGUGCAAAUUAUCAGAGAAAAUUUGAAGACAGCACAGUCAAGACAGAAAAGCUAUGCUGAUAAUAGAAGAAGAGAAUUGUUGUUUGAAGUAGGAGACUUUGUCUACCUUAAAGUUUCACCGAUGAGAGGAAUGAAAAGGUUUAAGGUUAAAGGAAAAUUAUCACCUCGCUAUAUUGGCCCAUUCAAGAUUUUGGAAAGAAAAGGCGAAGUAGCCUACCAGUUAGAGCUACCCGAUAGAUUAUCAGAUGUGCAUGACGUAUUUCACGUGUCACAACUCAAGAAGUGCUUAAGAGUACCCGAAGAACAGUUACCCAUGGAAGAACUGAAUGUUAAUGAAGAUUUGACUUAUUCGGAGUACCCAAUCAGAAUUCUGGAAACAUCUCGCAGAAUUACACGGAGUAAAGUCAUUAACAUGUGCAAAGUUCAGUGGAGUCAUCAUUCGGAAGAUGAAGCCACUUGGGAAAGAGAAGAUGAACUCAGAGCAGAAUUCCCUCAG